AUGUCUCUUGCCUUUGAUGAGUACGGUCGCCCUUUUCUGCUGGUGAAGGAGCAGCAGCAGAAGGAGCGCGUGAGCGGCGUCGAGGCGCAGAGAGCGAACAUCCUCGCUGCACUCGGCGUGGCGAAUGUGCUGAAGUCGAGCCUCGGCCCGCGAGGCAUGGAUAAGAUCCUUACCACGCCGGAUAACGAGGUGGUUGUGACAAACGACGGCGCCACCAUCCUAGACCUGAUGGACAUCGACAACGAGGUCGGCCAGCUCAUGGUGGAGCUGAGCAAGUCGCAGGACUCCGAGAUCGGCGAUGGCACCACUGGUGUUGUGUGCUUUGCAGGCGCGCUGCUGGAGCAAGCAACGGCGCUGCUCGACAAGGGCAUCCACAGCUCACGCAUCUCGGAGGGGUACGAGAAGGCGUGCGAGAUGGCGUGCAAGCGCCUCGAGGAGGUGGCCGAAUCCAUCCCUCUGGAGAAGAAGGAGUUCCUGUUGCAGACAGCCCGCUCGACGCUCAACUCUAAAGUGGUGAACCGUGACCGCGACCGUCUGGCGCAGAUCUGCGUGGACGCGGUGCUCGCCGUGGCGGACAUGGAACGACGCGACGUGAACAUGGACCUUAUCAAGGUUGAGGGCAAGGUUGGCGGCCGCCUGGAAGAGACGUGCCUUGUGGAUGGCAUUGUUCUCGACAAGGACUUCUCGCAUCCGCAGAUGCCCAAGGAGCUGACGAACCCGAAGAUGGCCAUCCUGACCUGCGCCUUCGAGCCGCCAAAGCCGAAGACGAAGCAUACGCUGCAGAUCAGCAGCGCCGAACACAUGCGUGAGCUGCACGAGCAAGAGCAGGAGUACUUCCGCUCCGAGGUGCAGCGCUGCAAGGACGCCGGCGCCGACCUCGUCAUUUGCCAGUGGGGCUUCGAUGAUGAGGCCAACUACUUACUGUAUCGCAACCAUCUGCCAGCGGUUCGGUGGGUCGGUGGCGUGGAGCUGGAGAUGAUCGCCAUCGCCACCGGCGGCCGCAUCGUCCCUCGCUUUGAGGAUCUGACGGCAGAGAAGCUCGGCACAUGCGGCCGCGUCCGCGAGGUUGGCUUUGGCACCACGAAGGACCGCAUGAUCUUUGUCGAGAACUGCCCGAAUAGCAAGGCCGUCACCGUCUUCAUCCGCGGUGGCAACAAGAUGAUGAUUGAGGAGGCGAAGCGUUCACUGCACGACGCCAUCUGCAUGGUCCGCAACCUGAUCCGCGACAACCGCAUCGUUUACGGCGGGGGCUCGGCGGAGCUGGCGGCCUCGUCUGCGGUGCUCGCCCACGCCGACGCCGUGUCAACGGUGGACCAGUACGCCAUUCGCGCCUUCGCUGACGCUCUCGAGUCGAUCCCGAUCAACCUGGCCCUCAAUAGCGGUCUCGACCCCAUCCGCGCCCUUUCCGAUGCACGCAAGGCGCAGCUAGAGGGCAAGAAUCCGUACGCCGGCAUCGACUGCAUGGACCGCGGAACGAUCGACAUGAAGCAGCAGCAGGUCUUCGAGACUUUGAGCGGCAAGUGCUCGCAGCUGCGCCUGGCGACGCAGGUGGUCAAGAUGAUCCUCAAGAUCGACGACGUCAUUGUCACGAAGCCGGAUGAGGAUCAGCAGCAGUAA